GAGCUUGGUGCUAGCCAAACCGGGGAAACUCGAGCUCGAUCCGCAACCAUCUGGCGCGCUGCCGUGCCGUGUCUCUCCUCGACUCCUCCUCCCUCGCCGCCCGACCCCACCGGCGUCUGCCGUCGCUGUCCCUCUCCCUCCGUCGUCGCGUGCCACAUCAGCGUCGUUCGUCCAUCCAUCCAUCAUCUUCUUGCUUCCGUGCGUGGCGGCCGCCAGUCGCGGCAACAAAUAGAGCCAGGAGCCCAGGAGCAGGAGCUCCGUCCAUCCAUGACCCAGGAGCACGCCUCCCGGUAUCUGAUUGACCGAUGAUGACGACUGCGGCGGCGGCAGGGCGCCUCCUCCGGCUCAGCUCCCGUUGCAUCCUCGUCGUCGUCUUCCUGCUCGCCGCCUGCGCCUCCUCCGGCUCCGGGCGAGUGGUAACCAGCCUCCCCGGCUUCGACGGGCCCCUCCCCUUCCACCUUGAAACAGGGUACGUGGAGAUGGACAAGCAGAACGGCGCCGAGCUCUUCUACUACUUCGUCCCGUCCGAGUCCGGCGCCGCCGCCCCUUUCCUCCUCUGGCUCACCGGCGGCGACCGCUGCUCCGUCUUCAGCGGCCUCGCCUUCGAGAUCGGUCCCAUCAGGUUCGUCGUGGAACCCUACGACGGCACGCUGCCGCGCCUGCGAUACAACCAAAACUCGUGGACCAAGCUCAUCGACGAAGUUGAGAAGGCCCAGGUUCUGCUGGACAAAUGCGUCUACGCGUCUGCUGUACCAAAUGUUAACAGCAAGACGGACGGCUCAGAUGGUAGAAGGAUCCUUGGGGAGGAGGUGGGAACAGGGAAGUUGAAUCACCCCCCAGCUCGACCCCCAUUUGGUUGUGUUACUUAUGGCUAUUACUUGUCGUAUUUUUGGGCGAACGAUAAACGCACCCGAGAAGCUCUCGGGAUCAAGAAGGGAACUGUGAACGAGUGGGUGAGAUGCCACGACAAAGAUUUGCCCUACACAAGCGACCUGGGCAGUGUGAUCAAGUACCACCGGAACCUGACGUCCAGAGGUUACCGUGCGCUGGUCUACAGCGGUGAUCAUGACCUGCUGGUGCCGCACCUGGGCACGCAGGCGUGGGUCAGGUCGCUCAACUUCUCCAUCGUUGACGACUGGAGGGCGUGGCAUCGCGGCGGCCAAUCCGCCGGGUUCACGAUAAGCUAUUCAAACAACAUGUCAUUCGCGACGAUCAAGGGCGCUGGGCAUACGGCACCGGAGUACGAGCCGGAGAGGUGUUUCGCCAUGUUCAGGCGCUGGAUACUCAACCGCCCACUCUAAGUAUCCUCUCGUAUAUAUCUUGGUGGACGGCACUACUAGCUCAUGUAGCGCUUUACUGGAAUAAUGCGGAGUCCAAUUGACAGGUGGGGAGGAAUGGAUGAUUGUUAUGAAUCGAUGAAUGAUUCAUGUGUGA